AUGGCGUCACUCGCCGCGCUGACGAGCCUGUGGCCUGUGGCACGCGUGCUGGCGCUGCUGCUGCUCUGGUACUCCUUCAGCACCGCGCUCAGCCUCUACAACAAGAUGUUGAUAGGGCAGCAGCACGGCCGCUUCCCUGCGCCCCUGCUGCUGACGGCCUUCCACUUCGCCCAGCAGGCGCUUAUGGCCUCCGCGCUCCUGCACUCCGCCUUCCCCUCCGCCCUGCCCCCGCUCCCCCUCUCCUCCCGCGACUACUACCUUAGAGUGAUCCCAACAGCGGUGGCAACAGCAGUCGACAUCGCCCUCUCCAAUCAGUCGCUCGCCUAUAUCACACUCACCUUCUACACCAUGUGCAAGUCCAGCGCGCCCAUGUUCCUGCUGCUCUUCGCCUUCAUCUUCAGGUUGGAGCCUAUCAGCUUCCGUCUCAUCGGAGUCAUGAUGGUGAUCUCAGUGGGCGUGCUCUUUACAGUGGCGGGGGAGGCAUCGUUCCACCUGUGGGGAUUCGUACUCGUCAUGCUCUCUGCCAUGGCAUCUGGCCUGCGAUGGGUGCUCAUUCAAGUGCUGCUGCAGGUGAGGUGA